AUGGAGCCGGGCACGGAUCUGCCCCUGGACCCGGGCUGGGAUCCGGGCGAGCCGGGCGAGCCGAGCUGGGCCCGUCCCGGGGCGGCGCUGGGCGGCCGGGGCCUGCUGGCUCUGGCGGCGGCCAGCGGGGCGGCCGUGUGGGCAACCUGGGCCGUGCUGCUGAUGCCCGGCUUCCGCCGCGUCCCGCUGCGCCUGCAGGUGCCGUACCAGCCCUCCAGCCCCCGGCAGGUGGCCAACACCCUGGCGCUGCUGCGGGGCCGUGCCGGCAAGACCGUGGAUCUGGGAUCCGGAGAUGGACGGCUUGUGCUCGAGGCUUACAAGGAGGGGCUGAGGCCAGCCCUGGGCUAUGAGCUCAACCCCUGGCUGCUGUGCCUGGCCAACUACCGUGCCUGGAGGGCCGGCUACCACGGCAAGAUCUCCUUCCUGAAGAGGGAUCUGUGGAAGGUGAAUCUCUCUGAUUGCCACAACGUGAUCGUGUUCCUGGCCCCCAGCGUGAAGCCUCCCUUGGCCACCAAGCUCCUGGCAGAACUGCCCGACGACGCGCGGGUGGUGGCCGGCCGCUACCCCUUCCCCUCCUGGAGCCCCAGCUGCACCCUGGGCCAGGGCCUGGACCAGGUCUGGGCCUAUGACAUCAAGGAGGUGCGGAGGGAAGUGCAGGGCAGGGCCCAGCAAAGCCAGGUCUGAGCCCAGCCUUGUUAAGCCUGGUUUAACAGCAGCCUCCUUAAGCCUGGCAUUAAGGGUCAGUGCCACCCCAGCCCUUGGCUCAGCUCAGGACAGAAGUGCUUGGCCAGCGUUUCUCCUGGGGACUUGCAGGGUGGCAGAUCUUCAUUUUUCCAGAGUGUGAGCAAAGCAAGAGAGGAGAAAAUCAAACCUGGAAAUCCUGGGGUUAACGCAGGAUUUAAGGGGUGAAACUCCAGUGCCUCUUUUUAGAUGAUUGCUGCUUUAUUUCAGUUGAAGUUUUUAAAAAUAAAGUUUUGAUUGAUUGUU